UCGCUUCAAGUUUUCGUUUGCUACGCAUCGCAACGUACGAAGCCGAAAGAAAAUUUAAAGAAAAAGUAUAAUUCAACGUUAAAACGUACCACAAGUGUAAAACCAGUGAAACCAAGUAUAACUUCAAACUGCCCAACGUGCAUUAGCUUCAGAGUGUGCUGCCAAGCUAGCGUAAAAUCCGUUCGAAGUUCAUUCAACCAGGCGAGGUUAGGCACCAAGCGGAAAAACAAAAUGGUCGACAAAAUUGAGAUGAGCCUUGAUGAAAUCAUCAAGUCGCAGAAAGGUUCCCGUGGACCUCGUGGAGGAGGCCGCGCCGGCGGAGCCGGUCGGCCAAGCCGUCGUCCAACCAGCGGAGCAAGCAGCCGUAAUGGAUUCCGCUCGAACCAGCCGCGCAACGGAGCCGUCGGUAGCGGCGGUGGCGGAGUCCUCAAGGGGCGCAAUCGUGGCGGAAUUUCCCGCGCACGCUUCGGGCGGGGCGACGUAAACAGCGCAUGGAAACAUGAUAUGUACGAUGGACCCCGCAAGGGGGGCCGUUCGCUGACGACGGGUGGCGGCGCAGGUGCAGGAGGAUCAUCCGGCGGAGUCACGAAGCUCCUGGUUUCGAACCUGGACUUUGGCGUGUCGGAGACGGACAUCAACGAGCUGUUUAUCGAAUUUGGACCCCUGAAGAACGCUUCGGUGCAUUACGAUCGUUCGGGUCGUUCCCUUGGAACGGCGGAUGUGAUCUUUGAGCGGCGCGCGGAUGCCAUUAAAGCAAUGAUGCAAUACAAUGGAGUACCUCUAGACGGGCGGCCGAUGAGCAUUCAGCUGGCGACCUCUGAAAUACCCACCGCGCGUCCAGCGCGUCCCGCGCCAAUUCCGUCCAGUUCAUCGCGAUCCCCGCGCAAACCGACCGGAGGACGAACAAGCGGAGGAAAACCGCCUGCACGUCGCGGUGGUGCUGGAGGUGGUGGCGGUGGCGCUGGAGGAAGACGCCAGCCACGAGAAACGAAGACCGCUGAAGAGCUGGACGCCGAACUGGAUGCGUACACCAAAGACAUGAAGUAGAAUUUCUGCGGAUCUCUCCGAUCGGGUGCUGCUGCUGCAAACAAGAGUGAACUCUGCUGAUACCGCUUGAUAUUCAAAGAUCAAAGUAGAGGGCACACAAUGUUAAGAGUAUUUCCUGCCGACAAACAAAUCUUUCUAAACGGUAAAAGAACAAACGUUUGUACGCAAUAGUCGGUGGAGAGUACAAAGCAGCGAGAGGGCACCACGGUUCACAAUUCACAAUUCAUAACCUUGUAUAUAGAAAAUCGCAGCAUAUUAGGGUCCAAUCGAUCCGACCCCCGGGGUCGCUCCGUACGGAAGCGGUGGCCGUUUACACAAACCAUAUGUGUAUUCUGUGUUCUGCGUGUAAAUUCUACUGUUGAAUUGAGCGUGGUUAGGUCUAGAUUACGGUAUUUGAAGGUAACGCAUUUCUUGCUUCGUCACAAUUUAUCAGCAGUUAUAAAGAUCGGUAUGACGUUUUAAGUUUUCCCAAAAAAUAAUGAUGAACUGGAUGAAGUUAAUAAGCGGUAGGUGAAUUCGUGAUCAUAAACGAAUUCCUUGCAAACGCAACCAUGCGCCGGGUCAUCUGACACGCGACGAGGGAACGUUUUAAUCCAAUUUUUUGGACGUACUAGAGUACCGAAGUAAGAUAGUUUAUUUUCAUUCAACACUAUCAAGCAUAGAUUGCGCAGCAAGAAGCAGACAACUGAUAAUCUUUAGUUUUUACUAAGCUAGACAAAUAGGGACGAAAUAAUAGGAGAAGGAAACGUAGCAAAUAUUUCGGUCGGAAAAGUUUAGGGGCUGGGAGAUGCUGAGGAAAAACCUGAAGGUUUGAUUUGAUUCUGCUAUCGUAUCAGGGAAUUGAUAUUUUCUUCAACGUUUAUUGAAUGAUUUGUUCUAAAAUGAGCCUCUAGUGAGGGGAGGAAAACACAUUUUCUUUCUUUAUUUUUUUACAACAUCUGUUUUUGGCGGGUUCUCAACUCAUCCGAUUUGUCUUACGACGAGGGGAAAGAUCUAAAUAAUGUUUUUUUAAUAUUACUUUUCUUCAUCUCAAUGCCAUUUCAAUCAUUCACUGUUAAUCCACACUUGCUUGAGGUAUGCGAAAAGAUACGAGCAAUUAUCCAGAACUUAGGUCAGGUUUUAGACGCGCUAUAGCUUUUUUUCUUCUCGAACUACGUGACGCCAAGAAGUCGACUCGGAAAAGCACUGCAAUACAGUGAGAAAAUAAAACAUAAAUAAAAAAUCUAAUCAAGUUUGUACAA